UAUAGUGGUCCACCGGAGAGUCUCUCGAACAAAUAUCUUAGCUUACACGCAGCUCGACUAUUUUUUGGAACAAAAAAUCUGCAAUUUGUUGCAUAUAAACAAUCCAAAUUAAAACCAUCCAAUUUAUUCAUUUGGGUAGAUAGUGACUUUGAAAAUCAGCUAUCAUCAUCUCUCUCUCCACGAGAUUUUUUUCCCUUUUACCCCAAUUCAGUGAUAUAUAUCUAUCUAUCUGUGCCCAAGUGUCAUUGCCACCUGUUCAUUAACAAACCCACUAAUUGCUUAUAUAUAGUACGGAAUAGUUGUUUUCUGGGAUUUGGAUUCUUUGCCUUGUUGUUUGUUUUCUCUUCAAAAGCCCGGGGUGGGUUUUUCUUGUUUUUUCUUCCAAAGGGUGAAGUGGGUUUUCCUUGUUUUUGUUUUCUAUUCAAAAGGUGAAGUGGGUUUUGUCACAAGAAAAGGCUUGGAGGGUUGCAAGAAAGAAAUCAAGCCACAAGGAGAGAUCAUCAGAGGAGUGGGGGUUUUUGUUUUGUUUUUUUCUCAGUUUGGAGUCUUCUUCUUCUUGUUUGAAAAAAAGGGGAAAUGUUUCCUUCAGUUCUCUUGUCUAACCCUACUACUACUACUACUACUUUGUCUGAGGAAGCUGCUGUCUUUUCUAGUACUAGAGUCCAGGAUUUUGGUAGCUUGAAUCCUAUGGUUUCAAUUGCCACUAAUAACAAUUCUCCUCAUCAGCAGCCACAGAAGCUCAAGAAGAAGAGAAAUCUCCCUGGAAACCCUGAUCCAAAUGCAGAAGUGAUUGCAUUAUCUCCAAAGACCCUUUUGGCUACAAAUAGAUUUGUAUGUGAGAUAUGCACCAAAGGGUUUCAAAGGGAUCAGAAUCUUCAGCUUCACAGGAGAGGCCACAACCUCCCAUGGAAGCUGAAGCAAAGAAACAACAAAGAGAUUAUUAGAAAGAGAGCCUAUGUUUGUCCCGAGCCAACUUGCGUCCACCACCACCCUUCCAGGGCUCUUGGCGAUCUCACCGGAAUCAAGAAACACUUUUGCAGAAAACAUGGGGAGAAGAAAUGGAAGUGUGAGAAAUGCUCUAAGAUCUAUGCUGUUCAAUCUGAUUGGAAGGCUCAUUCUAAAACUUGUGGAACAAAAGAGUAUAGAUGUGACUGUGGAACCCUUUUCUCCAGGAAGGAUAGCUUUGUUACCCACAGAGCAUUCUGUGAUGCCUUGGCUGAAGAAAGUGCUAGAGUACUCCACUCAUCUUCUGCUAACCAUUUGGAAAUUUUAACCACCACACAACCACCAUUGCCGCCGCCACCACACCCAAUUACUACAACCCACCAAUUACCACCUUUCCAUUUACACCCCCAAAACCCACCUCCACCACCUCCUCAUCACUUCCCUUUCGCUACCCAAAUCCACCACACCCAUUUCCUAAACACAUGGGACCCACCUCAAAACCCUAACCCUAAUCCUAAUAACCUCCACCACCAAAACCCACUUCACAUCAUCAAGCCUGAAUCUGUCCACCUCCCACCACCACCGCCACCCAUCUCCUCCUCACCAUUUUUCCAACCACCACCAACCCACAAUGCCACGUCACCUCACCUCUCAGCCACUGCACUCCUCCAAAAGGCUGCGAAUAUCGGUGCACACCCAGUUGGCCAUGUGGCGUCUACUAUGAUGACCAGGCUGGAUGUGUUUACAGGCGCCGGGAUGUCGCCGGAGUACCCGGGUUACGCGGCUGGGAAUAUUGCCACGUGGCAGAAAAGUGAUCGGCUGACCAGGGACUUUUUGGGUCUGACAAGAGAGUGUGGUGGUGGUAGUGGUGGGAGUGAUGACGCGACGAAUAUGCUAUCGUUCACGGGGGGCAUAGAGUACCAGACGACAUAUGAGCGAGACCAGUCGAUGGUGAAGGCCCAGCAGGGCUUUGGGUUUGCUGAGCCUUCUCCUCCUUCGGAGACAUGGGGUAAAAUCGUAAUUCAGGACUCCACCACCAGAAAUGACUAAAAUGUCCCCUCUCAGUAAAAAAGAGGAACUUUUGGGGUCUUUAUGUUUUUUUUUUUUUUUUCCUUUACUUUUUCUCUGCAACCUUUUUAAUUAUUACCAAAUUUCAUGUUUUAUGCCUAAUCUGAGAAAAACCGAAAGUUGUAAGGGAAAUUUCUGCAUUUAGUUGUGAGCUUGAAUUUAAUCGUUUUUGUUUCUCAAUGUCCUU